UUUAAACCAUUCAUUCUUUGUGAGGUAGAAGUUCACUGCAUGCUUAAACAUGGGCAGAAGGAACCAUCCUAAAAAGCGAAAAAUGACCAAAACCACAAAGCCUUCUCAGAGGGCUGCUGUGGUGGACAUAUUUGAGGGUCCAAGCGAGGAUGAGGAUUUCAAGGGGUUUAAGACUGAGCCCCUCAUGGACCUUUCAGAGGACAGUCGGGAUAGCCUGCAUUCUGUGGAUUCCGGGAAGGCUGAUCUGUGCUUCCAUUCUAAGUACAUCACAGACGAACUUGUUCACAUCUUCAUGGACACAGACAGCGAGGAGGAGUUCAAGGGGUUUGCUGCUGAUGACAGCUCUCCGCACAGGGCGCAGAAGAGGGCAAAAUCAGUGGAUUCUGAAGAGGACAGCGAUGAGGACACGGGCUUCUAUUCCGAGGGGGAGGGGCCUGUGCCACCCAGGAGGCAGAGCUCUGGGCUGUGUGUGGCCUUCCGUUUCCCCGUCAAGAAGAGCUCCGCUCUGAAAACACAGACGGCCACGGCCGAGCCGAAAAACGGUAAACCUGCCGCACAGAAGAGCAGAGGUGUUGGAGAACAGAGGCGGCCGAGGGGUGUGGCACAACUGCCCACUAGACCACGGAGGGGCGUGGUAACCGCAGGGAGGCGUGGCAAAGAUCUGUCAGAAGAAGAAGAAGAGGAGGAGGAGAAGGAGGUGUCUGAAGAAGAGGACGAGCCGUCUGAAGAUCAGACCCAAGCCCUCAGCAAGCGGGCCAGGAAUAUCCAAGAGAACAAAGCCAUGCUCGCAAAACUCUUUGCCGACCUGAAUGCCAUGGAACAGAUUUCCCCACUGACCACCCCAAAAAAGAAGAAAUCGUCCCAGAGGAAAUCAGUGUCUGAGGCCCAGAGUGAGAGACGGAACCCCUCACGUAAGGCCCGUCCUCGUGAUCACUUUGGCAUCGAGGAGGUCAUCCCCAAACUAGUCAAGCAGUUCACACUCAACAAGGCGGACCUGCGCAAGCUGGUGGAGGUGGACGCGAGAGGUCGCGAGAGGUCGUCCAAAAAGAGACGCUCCAAGAUGAACCGCUCCUACCUGCCUGUGGAGGACAUCACCCAGGACGACCUGGACAACGUGGCCGACCGCGCUAGUGACAAGAUCCUCGACAAAGAAAACGGCAGCACGUGUCACCAGUGCAGACAGAAGACGCUGGACACCAAGACUGUGUGCAGGAGCCCCGACUGCGUUGGGGUCAAAGGGCAGUUCUGUGGGCCCUGUUUGAGGAACCGAUAUGGGGAAGAUGUCCGCACAGCACUUCUGGAUCCUUCGUGGGAGUGCCCUCUCUGUCGGGGCAUGUGUAACUGCAGCCUGUGCCGAAAGCGUGACGGGCGCUGUGCCACCGGUGCCCUCACCAGCAUGGCCAAACACUACGGCCACAGCAGCGUCAAGGAGUACCUGGAGAGCCUCCAGAAGAUGCUGUCAUGAAAGCACUUUUCACCUGCAGAGGGCGCUCUUCCCCUAGGACAACAAGAUGAGGGCCACUCUCCCUUCUCCCUCACAAAGCCAGUCAACACACAACACAACAGAUUUUAGCUGUGAGCCAGAAAUGUUUUUAAAAGUUUUAAACUGGAGUUGAAACAUUUAAUUCUUCUCUCCAUUCUUUCCGUUUUUAAUUGCAGACACUGGAAUAUAAUUCCAUUAGAUUUUAAACAAUAGAAUUUUUUUUAGCACAGAAGCACAAUUGCAUACUUAUUUUCGUAUUUGAUGUUUGGGAGUAACAAAUGGCAAUAUAUGUC